AUGUAUAACCAACUGAACAGAAACAAAAAGAAGAAAAAAGAUAUCGAUGAUGAAAAAUUAAAUGAACAAGAAGCUGCAAAAAUUUACGCAGAGUUUGUACGGUCCUUUGAGGGAAAUGCCUUGGAAAAAGGAAAUAAAUUUGUCAAAAGUGGAAAAGUAUUGAACCCGUCGAACACUCACUUCGUGCCAUCAGAAGAUGAAAAUAGGAAAAAAUCAAAGAGCAAAUUUAGCAGGGGAGAUUAUUCAUAUGAAGAAAAAAAGAAAAAGGAAGAAAAAAUAGACAACAACAAAAAUAGUUCAGGGAAAGUAAAAGAAAUAGAUAGUUUUUUAGAAGAAAUUAAAUUAAAGCAGAAAAUUUUGGAUGAAAGGAAAAUUUUAAAGGAAAAAGCACAAUUAGCGAAAUCUGAGGAGGAAAAAAUUAAAAUAAAUAGAAAAUUAAUAGAAAUAGAAAAAAAUGAAACGUUAUUUCCGUAUGUUCCAAGAAAGGAGAGGGUUGCAAAUUUAUACAUAGGAAAUUUGUCUCCGGAGGUUACUGAGGAAUACAUAUGCCAACGCUUUGGAAAAUUUGGAAAAGUAAACAGCGUAAAAAUAAUGUAUCCACGUACAGAUGAAGAUAAGAAGAAAGCAAGAAUUAGCGGAUUUGUUUGCUUUGAAAAUAGAGAUGAUGCAGAAAAUGCAAGGGAUGCAUUGGAUGGUGUAGAAAUGUUUGGAAAUAUAGUGAAGGUUGGUUGGAGUAAAGCCAUACCGAAAAAUUUAAAUACUAACAAAAGUGAAUAUAACAAUUUGAAUUACGAAAAAAACAAUUUGUAUAACAUGAGUUCGAAUAAAAAAAUUGAAAUUUUAUUACCAGAGGAUAAGAAGACGAAAAGAAUAAUUGAUUUGUUAGCAAAAUAUGUUACGGAAGAAGGAUUCACAUUUGAAGAGACUAUAAAAAAAAAUGAGAAGGACAACCCUACAUUUACAUUUCUUUUUAAUACGUCAGAUUUAUUUUAUUAUUAUAAAUGGAGGGUCUUUUCUUUUGCCCAAGGAGAUAGUUACAAAAAUUGGAGAGCUGAUCCAUUUCAGAUGUUUGAAAAUAGUUAUGUAUAUGUGCCACCGAUCCAAAAAAACACCAAAAAAGUUGUUUCAAAGAAGGGCAAAAGUAGAAACAAGAAGAGUGAAAUAGACGAAAGGAAGAAGAAAAAACUUGUUAAUAUUAUAAAUAAUUUAAAUAAGAAGAGGGUGAGCAUAUGUCGUGCCAUGAUAUUCUGCACAAGGCACAGCGACUUUAGCGCAGACAUUGUGAAAACUAUUUCGAACUAUUUAACGGAUAUGAAAUACGAUUUGCUGAAAAAGAUAAACUUAGUUUACUUGCUUUCGGACAUUCUUUACAACUGCAGCAACCAGUUUUACUCGUCCUGGUCUUACAGAAAGCACAUAGAAGAAGAGCUGCCUCGAAUAUUUUUUCAUUUUCGGAAGAACACAAAAAAAUGCGAUAGUAAAAUAAAGGCCAAAAUAUUUAUAGAUUCGAUUAUGAAUAUAUUUGAUAUGUGGGACGUAUGGGCAAUUUACAGUUCCACUUUUAUGAACGGUUUAAAAUGUUUAUUAACAAAUAAAAAAUUAAGUUAUGUAAAAACUGAGAUGCAUGAUUCUGAUUAUGAUCCCGACGUAGACGGGACAAAAAUUGAAUAUUUCGAUGAAAUAAAGCGAUAUCCAUUAAAUUUGAGAAGAAACGCAUAUUUAUAUUUUCACAAAGAGGAAAACCAAUUAAAUCGAUUAUGUGAACAAAGAGGUUUGUAUUUCGAUGAGAAUUUCAAAAGAAAAAAGAAAAUAAAAUAUUUAAUAUUAUAUGAUGAAUUUUGUAAUAAUAAUAAUAGUACACCAAAUGAAAAGGGCAAUUUAAACAUGUUAUCGGAUGAUAUUAAAAAAGUCCCUGUACUUUUCAGUGACACGAUUGAUGCUACUUAUGACGUAGAGGAGAAGAACGCCAAUCAUGUGUUUUGA